AUGAAGGUAUCGUACUUGUCAUUGCUGGGUGUGCUGCUCAUAGCAGCAAUUUCUCAAGCGAAAUCUCCAUUCAUUGUCGGUGGUCAAGAUGCAGCCAUCGAGCAAUAUCCAUCUUUAGUGCAAAUAGAGUUCUAUUUCCCUUGGCUCGGAGUUUGGGAUCAGCAAUGCGGUGGAAAUAUUCUAACAUCUUAUUGGCUUCUUACUGCUGCGCACUGCUUUAAUGAAUGGUGGUACGACCCUCAGAACACCCGUAUAAGAGCAGGUGCCACUUACCGUCAUACUGAUGGAAGCGUGCACUACGUUGACUUUGAGCGCAAUCACCCCGAAUAUAAUAAGGCUUCUAGGUUCGAUUCUGACGUUAGCGUGUUCAAAUUGCUCACUCCCCUCGUAUACUCACCAUCCAUCCAACCAGGAACUAUUGUCAACCAGGGUUUCGUUAUACCUGACAAUUAUCCCGUAGUGCACGCUGGAUGGGGUACCCUUACCUCUUCCGGGCCCUCAUCUCACGUCCUCCAAGAUGUAACCAUUAACACUGUGAACCGAGCAGUGUGUAAUUCCCGUUACAGUAAUGUAAAUGUUGUAAUCAACGAGAACAUGAUCUGUGCUGGUCUUCUCGACGUGGGUGGUCGUGACGCGUGCCAAGGGGACUCCGGUGGACCGAUGUACAUUGGUGACGUCAUAGUUGGUAUUGUGUCCUUUGGAAUGGGCUGCGCUGAUCCUGUAUAUCCUGGUGUCAGUGCUGCUGUUGGUUCUUUCACUGAUUGGAUUGUUGCUAAUGCUCGAUAA